GUGAGGUCCUCACUUCAUCCGGCGACUAGCACCGCGCCCAGCAGUGCCAGCCCCACACUCGCCUCCGCCAUGGCCUCCAUCUCCCAGCUCGCCUGCAUCUCCUCGGACCUCAUUCUGCACAGUGAUGAGGUGACCGUCACAGAGGAUAAUGCCCUGGACAACGUCAACACUGGGAGCCUCAUCUGCAGUGUAGGAGCUGGUGGACCUGCUCCAGCAGCUGGUGCUGCUCCAGCGAGGAAGAAAGUGGAAGCAAAGAAAGAAGAAUCCAAGGAGUCUGAUGAUGACAUGGGCUUUGGCAACAAGGAGACCCCAGUGCUGGAAGGGCAGGUCCAGGGAGACAGUGAAUUUGCAAAGAGCACAGAGCCAAAGAGCCCUGAGCCCAUGACCGACUGGACAGAGAAGGGAGGUUUCAGGAUGCUGGUGCUGCAGUUUGCUCAGAUGGACCUGUGCUUGGCUCCCUGGAUGCAGCCCACUAGUGCACAGCCCGAUGGACGCACAAUUCGCCUGCCCAUAAUUGGGGAGAAUGGUGGCUUUGAAAAGGUUAACUUGGGAGCCCUGGGGACGGCUGCAGGGAACGUACGCCCAUUCCCCCUCGGAAGCAGAGCCAGGCCGCCUCCCCUCCGCAGUGGUGAGGACUCGUGGACAGUCCCACGGGGAUGGCGGGAGACUUGCGGAGUGGCCGCCCUCCAGGUCCGCGCCGAGGCCGGGCAGCUCCGCUUUCUGCUCAGUCUCCGCGAGGUGUCGCCUUCGGCCGAAGAAACCACCGCGGCGCCACCCUCGUAG